AUGAUGAAAGGAGUCCAUUUCCUUGCAAUUGUGGCUCUCUUGUCCCUUGCAUCCUCCCUUGUCUCCGCCUUCGAUCCCAGCCCUCUUCAGGACAUUUGUGUUGCAAUUGAUGACCCCAAGUCUGCUGUGUUCGUGAAUGGGAAAUUCUGCAAGGAUUUGAAGGAUACCAAGGCAGAUGAUUUCUACUUCUCUGGGCUCCAAAUUCCUGGAAAUACAGACAAUCGAGUUGGGUCAAAUGUCACUACUGUGAAUGUGGAUCAAAUCCCAGGCCUCAACACUCUAGGCAUAUCUUUGGUUCGCAUUGACUAUGCACCAUAUGGCCAAAAUCCUCCCCACACUCACCCCCGUGCCACUGAGAUUCUAGUAGUUAUAGAAGGUACUCUGUUAGUUGGUUUUGUCACAUCCAACCCAGAGAAUCGUCUUUUCACCAAAGUUCUAAAGAAGGGAGAUGUCUUUGUGUUCCCAAUUGGUCUCAUUCACUUCCAGUUCAAUGCUGGAAAGACUAAUGCUGUAGCCUUUGCUGGUUUGAGCAGCCAAAAUGCAGGUGUCAUCACGAUCGCAAAUGCAGUUUUUGGGUCCAAUCCUCCGAUCAACCCUGAUGUUCUCACCAAGGCCUUCCAACUUGACAAGAAUGUUAUUGAAUAUCUUCAAAAGCAAUUCUGA